GCCGCCUCUGGCGCGAAGGCUCAGGCGCCUCCUCCCGCCCCAGUCACUGUGGCUCGGCGCGCGCUGCCGGCAGCUGCCCUUUCCGCCUCUCGGGAAGAGGACCCGCGGGCCGCGGUCGCCAUCCAAGCAUGGCCUCGGGCCGCAGAGGCUGGGACAGCUCCCACGAAGAUGAUCUGCCCGUGUACCUGGCCCGGCCGGGCACCACCGACCAGGUCCCGCGGCAGAAGUACGGCGGCAUGUUCUGCAACGUGGAGGGCGCCUUCGAGAGCAAGACGCUGGAUUUCGAUGCCCUGAGCGUGGGGCAGCGGGGCGCGAAGACUCCCCGGAGCAGCCAGGGCAGCGGCCGCGGCUCGGGGGGCCGCCCCGGGGCGGAGGGGGACACCCCACGCCGGGGCCCAGGCCGGGAGGAGAGCCGGGAGCCCGCGCCCGCAUCGCCCGCGCCCGCCGGCGUGGAGAUCCGGAGCGCCACCGGCAAGGAGGUUUUGCAGAACCUCGGGCCCAAGGACAAGAGUGACCGUCUUCUGAUCAAGGGAGGCAGAAUCGUCAACGAUGAUCAGUCCUUCUAUGCUGAUAUUUACAUGGAAGAUGGCUUAAUAAAACAAAUUGGAGACAAUCUGAUUGUCCCUGGAGGAGUGAAGACCAUAGAGGCCAAUGGGAAGAUGGUGAUUCCCGGAGGCAUGGACGUCCACACCCACUUCCAGAUGCCAUACAAGGGAAUGACCACAGUGGAUGACUUCUUCCAGGGGACUAAGGCUGCCUUAGCCGGGGGCACCACCAUGAUCAUUGACCACGUGGUGCCCGAGCCCGAGUCCAGCCUGACGGAGGCCUACGAGAAGUGGCGGGAGUGGGCCGACGGCAAGAGCUGCUGUGACUACUCCUUGCAUGUGGACAUCACCCACUGGAACGACAGCGUCAAGCAGGAGGUGCAGAGCCUCAUCAAGGACAGAGGGGUGAACUCCUUCAUGGUUUACAUGGCCUACAAGGAUUUGUAUCAAGUGUCCAACACAGAGCUCUAUGAGAUCUUCACCUGUCUGGGAGAGCUGGGAGCCAUCGCUCAGGUGCACGCUGAGAAUGGGGAUAUCAUUGCCCAGGAGCAAACCCGGAUGUUGGAAAUGGGGAUAACUGGCCCAGAAGGCCACGUGCUGAGCAGACCAGAGGAGCUGGAAGCUGAGGCUGUGUUCCGUGCCAUCACCAUCGCCAGCCAAACCAACUGUCCUCUCUACGUCACGAAGGUCAUGAGCAAGAGCGCGGCCGACCUCAUCUCGCAAGCCAGGAAAAAAGGAAAUGUGGUCUUUGGUGAGCCCAUCACCGCCAGCCUUGGCACGGAUGGAACCCAUUACUGGAGCAAGAACUGGGCCAAGGCGGCUGCAUUUGUGACGUCCCCACCUCUGAGUCCUGACCCGACUACUCCUGACUACAUCAAUUCCUUGCUGGCCAGUGGGGACCUGCAGCUCUCUGGGAGCGCCCACUGCACCUUCAGCACUGCCCAGAAAGCCAUCGGGAAGGACAACUUCACAGCCAUCCCCGAGGGCACCAACGGUGUGGAGGAGCGAAUGUCUGUCAUCUGGGACAAGGCGGUGGCCACGGGGAAGAUGGAUGAAAACCAGUUUGUGGCCGUGACAAGCACAAAUGCUGCCAAGAUCUUCAACCUGUAUCCCCGCAAGGGAAGAAUAUCUGUGGGUUCUGAUAGUGACCUGGUGAUCUGGGAUCCAGAUGCUGUCAAGAUUGUCUCUGCCAAGAACCACCAGUCGGCUGCAGAGUAUAACAUCUUUGAAGGGAUGGAGCUGCGCGGGGCUCCGCUGGUGGUCAUCUGCCAGGGCAAGAUCAUGCUGGAGGACGGCAACCUGCACGUGACCCAGGGGGCUGGCCGCUUCAUCCCCUGCAGCCCGUUCUCGGACUAUGUCUACAAGCGCAUUAAAGCCCGGAGGAAGAUGGCGGACCUGCACGCGGUGCCCAGGGGCAUGUAUGACGGGCCGGUGUUCGACCUGACCACCACGCCCAAGGGGGGCACCCCCGCCGGCUCCACCCGGGGCUCUCCCACGCGGCCCACCCCGCCCGUGAGGAACCUCCAUCAGUCGGGCUUUAGCCUGUCAGGCACCCAAGUGGAUGAGGGGGUCCGCUCGGCCAGCAAGCGCAUCGUGGCGCCCCCCGGAGGCCGUUCUAACAUCACAUCCCUGAGUUAAGCGACCCCCCUCCCCAAAGAGAGGGGCAGAAGCAAGAAGAGAUUCUUUUGAAGCCAAAAUGGUACACCAAUAUUUAAGAAGGAAAGCGAAUCCAAACAGUUUCGAUCUAAAGAAUCAACAAGCCUCAAGCCUUAUGUUUCUCCAAUGUUAAGCUCGCUUGCCUAGCUUUACGAAUAUUGCUUUGUUUUCUGUUUAUGCAUAGCCUUGAUUUGUUUGCCGCCCCUCCUCCCAUUUACAAUGCAUGCAAUCAGACAGGCCACUAAGGUAAAAGAGUCUGCUAUAUAGUGUUGAGAGCGUGUGUAGUGCUGCAUCUUACGACAAGGGGACCGACGAAGCUGGGACGUCAGGAAAAUGAACAAAGGGGAUGCCGGUCAUUUGGGGUGCGCGGGUGGUGGGAGCCGAGAACCAGGCGGAGCUCGGAGGGGCUAGGGUAGGGUGUGUACGGGGGAGGCGGGUGGGUGAGCAUAGGGGUCUCGUGUAUUGUGUUGAUGAAGUGCGUGUAUUUCCGCGGAAGAUGGCCCCUCGGGGCAGCCGUCACGCCAUCACGGUCCCCCCGGGGUCUGCGGAGAAGACGGGAGACCCUCGGGUUCCAGAAUUCAUCACGUCCCCUCCUAGUAGGUUUUAUUCCGUGGAACAUUUUAUUAAAACACCAAAACCCAA